CUCGCGUCUCGGAAAUGACGGACCCGUUGUUCGUUUUGGCGGCAUUUUUCAUCCUCGCGACUUCGCUCAACAGUGGCGGGACAAUUAAACUUGCGGAAAUACGAAGAGCAGGAUUGGUGGCGUAUCCUAGGACAGGACGGGCACCAAAGAUGUCAAGUUACACAAGAAUGGAUCGUAUUGCAGCCUUGGGUAAUCCACGUGUAGGUCGCUCCGGAUCUGGUCCUGCAAAUGCCGAGAUAACUAAUAAUCACGAUUCCGAUUCCGAUAUUGACGCGAACUUCGACAUCGACCGUGACUUCGAUCCUGACGUCAUUUUAAAUUUGGACUAUCCAGGGCCAAUCGCAAUAAGAGGUGGCGGUGAGCCAGGGAAACGGCGGCUGCAAAAUGCCGAAACUUUGUUCGAAGCAUGGGACGAGUCACGACGGCAAGGUCUGAUACCUAUACCUCGUGUAGGAAGAUCAAGAAACGGCAUUUCAUCAACAGUCAUCGACGGUCAGUCUCGUGGAAAGUUUUGGCCCGGCCAACGUCACCGAAGAGACACCGAAGAACAUCCCCUUGGGGUGCCCUGGGUAGCGUUCGUUUCGGAGCGAGAGUUCGAGCAACCGCGUUAGCCAAUUGGAAGUGGAUCCCGUCCCGGCUGGGCCGAGAAAACAAGGAGGAUAAAACGAGUCUCACGUAGAGAAGCCGUAACGAAGUUUACGACGAAGAGCGUUUACUUGGACAUCUGUGUCAUAGAUUAGCAAUCCUACUUCGAGGGGAUAUUCUCUGUAGCGGUUACCGAAGAGUCACGAUCAGCAGUCGCGCGUCGAACUUUUACCGGGCCACCUGUACCUACCUUGUUCCUAUACUUUGUAAC